GUGUGUUUAUUGCGGAGACAAAUGUAUCAGUGAUGGAGGGAGAUUCUGUCACUCUAAAGACUGAUGAUAAACAGAGAUAUGACAAGAUAGAGUGGAGGUUUGGAGAGGAGCGAAUCGCCGGAAUCAAGGGAGUGAAUGGUACAUAUUAUGAUGAGGUUUGGAGAUUCAGAGGCCGACUGCAGCUGGAUCACACCGGCUCUCUUACCAUUAGAAACACCACAACUGAACACACUGGAGUUUAUCGUCUGAAUAUGAAAAUUGAAAAUGCAGAGAUACCCAAGAAUUACAGAGUUACUGUGUAUGCUCCUCUGCCCAUUCCAGUAAUCUUCAUUUACACUUUACAAUCUUCUUUAUCAUCUGAAAGAUCAUCGAGGAUCUUCCUGUGUUCAGUGGUGAAUGUGAGUAAUGUGACUCUUUCCUGGUACAAAGGAAACAGUUUAUUGUCCAGCAUCAGUGAGUCUGAUCGCAAUAUCAGUCUCUCUCUACCUCUGGAGGUGGAAUAUCAAGAUAAAAACAUCUACAGUUGUGUAGUGAACAAUCCUGUCAGCACCCAGACCAGACAUCUCAACAACACUGAACUCUACUGGUUAGGUUCAGACUCUGUCCACUGUUGUGGCACCGCUGAAGCUGUGAUCCGAUUGGUUAUCUCUGCUCUGAUGGGCGUGGCUUCCAUGGCUGCCAUUGUUGUUCUGGUUUAUGACAUCAAAUCCAGAACAGAAGAGAAGAGAACAAGCAUCAAAUUAAGACAACGAUCAAUCAGAUAUAAAAAAUGUUAAACUGUCUUUUUGUUUUUUACUUCUGAGUACUUUUAUGUUUAGAUUAAAUUG